AUAACUUUAAAGAAAGCUGCUCUUUAAUCAGUGACGGGGGGGAGAGGCGGGCCGAGGUGCUGACUGUAAUGCGAUAGCUGCUUCGCUCUAAUGCUAUUACACACACAUGCUGCCGCAGCGCUGCUCCGGGACUUGGCUCGGAAACGGAGCGGCGGACAGAAGGACGCGCUAGAGUGCGGGGACGGCACUAAUCGGCGGAGCACCGCGGCCACCGACUCACUCAUUUUAUAUCAUAAGAUCCUGAUCCUGCUUUAAAAAAUACUGGAGAUCCCCGCGAAUGCCGCUCCGUGUUGUGAUACUCACUUAAUUUUACUUCGUUUUCAGUCAAAAUCCGUGCGAUCGGAGAACAGAAAGCAGCGCUUGUCAGGGGAUUUUGGGGGCGGGUGAGAGGUAACCAAAAGACGCACACUUCAGAGAUUAACUGCGGAGCCGCGGAAUUAAGACACAUGUUUGUUUUUUUGUUGCAAGAAAACGUUUCCGUCGUGCUGAAAUAUGCGUGUAAGAAGUAUCUAUUAUCUCGCCUAGUCUGUAUAGGGUUUGGUAUGGCUUAUUCCGGCGUGAGAUGCGCGACGAACUGAAAUGAAAUAACUGUUAUGUUGUGUUAUUGCCGCUGAAAAGCAGAAGGGAGAGUGAGCCGACGCCUCGGGAAGAGUUUGCGCGGAUACGCGUGCAGUUCGAAAAGGAAAAUAUUUUUGACACAGUCGGGAGACUUUGACAUCAAGUUGCCUUCAACAGAUUAAAGGGCGAAAUAAUCCUUUAAAAGAUAUGGAUCAUUUCACCAUGUUUUUUGGAUUUUUACUACACGUUUGUCUGACGACCACAACGGCGCGCGGCGAAGGAGAGCCUUGUGGAGGCCACCUGGACGCCAGCGUGCCCGGCUACAUCACGUCGCCAGGGUACCCACACGAGUACCCACCCCACCAGAGCUGCCGCUGGGUGAUCACGGCGCCUGAGCCCUCCCAGCGCAUCACGCUCAAUUUCAACCCCCACUUUGAGCUGGAGAGACUGGACUGCAGAUAUGACUUCAUCGAGAUCCGGGACGGCAACUCGGAGUCAGCAGAUCUUCUGGGGAAGCACUGCAGCAACAUCGCCCCGCCCUCCCUCAUCUCGUCUGGACCUGUGGUGCACAUUAAGUUUGUCUCGGACUACGCCCACCAGGGAGCAGGAUUCUCACUGCGCUAUGAGAUCUUAAAGAUAGGCUCGGACUGCUCCCAGAACUUCACAAGUCCAUGGGGCGUGAUCGAGUCCCCAGGCUACCCGGACAAGUACCCCCACAACUUGGAGUGCACCUUCAUCAUCAUCGUACCGCCCCGCCUGGAAGUCACCCUGACAUUCCUGACCUUCGACCUGGAGAAUGACCCUCUGCUCACGGUGGAGGCGGAGUGCAAAUAUGACUGGCUGGAGGUGUGGGAUGGCCUGCCGCAGGUGGGGCCCCUGAUCGGGCGUUACUGCGGGACGAAGGCCCCUCCCGAGAUCACGUCGUCCACGGGGAUCCUCUCGCUGACCUUCCACACGGACAUGGCUGUGGCAAAGGAUGGCUUCUCUGCCCGGUAUAACAUGACGCCUAAGGAAGUCAGUGACACAUUCCACUGCAGCAGUCCCUUUGGCAUGGAGUCCAGGAAGAUCUCAGACAGCCAGAUCACAGCCUCGUCCUCCUUCAGCGAUGGCCGCUGGACCCCCCAGCAGGCGCGACUCAACAACGACGACAAUGGCUGGACACCCAGCGAGGACAACAUCAAGGAGUACAUCCAGGUGGACCUGAGCUUCCUGAGGGUUCUGACCGGCAUCGCCACGCAGGGCGCCGUCUCCAAGGACACACAGAGGUCCUACUUUGUCACCACAUUCAAGUUGGAGGUCAGCACCAACGGGGAAGACUGGAUGAUCUACCGGCAUGGCAAAAACCAGAAGAUUUUCCACGCCAACACAGAUCCGACGGAGGUGGUGCUGAACCGCAUCCCUCAGCCUGUUCUGGCUCGCUUCGUCCGGAUUCGGCCCCAGACGUGGAAGAACGGAAUCGCCCUGCGCUUCGAGCUGUACGGCUGUUUGAUCACAGAUGCCCAGUGCUCCGAGAUGCAGGGCAUGAUGUCCGGCCUGCUCCCAGAGUCCCAGAUCUCUGCUUCCUCAACGCGAGAUAUCCACUGGUCCCCCGGGUCGGCCCGGCUCGUUGCCAGCCGCUCCGGCUGGUUCCCCGAAAUGGCGUCGCCAGUGGCGGGCACAGAGUGGUUGCAAGUGGACCUGGGGAUGACGAAGAUGGUGCGUGGCGUGAUCACACAGGGGGCGCGCGGGGGGGAGAGCAGCACGAGCACAGACAACCGCGCCUUCGUCAGGAAGUACCGUGUGGCUCACAGCAUGAACGGCAGGGACUGGAGCCUCAUCAUCGACAGCAAGACCGGUCUGCCUAAGAUCUUCGAGGGAAACACUCACUACGACACCCCGGAGAUCCGCCGCUUCGAGGAGGUCCCUGCCCAGUUCAUCCGCAUCUACCCCGAGAAGUGGUCCCCAGGGGGCAUCGGCAUGCGCCUGGAGGUGCUGGGCUGCGAGUUGCCAGAGACCAUCCCCGUGACGGAUAAAGCCACACCCACCCUGCCGCGGGCAGCGGCGAGCAGCACCACCCAGAGUCUGUGGCCAGUCCCUACCGCCGGCCCUUCCUAUCCGCCCAGCCUCUGUGACUUUGAGCGCGGUCUGUGUGGGUGGAGCCACGACCCCGCGGCGGACCUGCGGUGGGCACUGCACAGUGGCGGCAGCACCCCUGGCCUUAGUCCCAGCCAGGACCUCUCCCUGGGUAUUGGCGGCAUCGGCAGCUUCCUGUACAUCGAAGCGAGCCCCCGGGCGGAGGGCCGGCGGGCCCGGCUAGUGAGCCCAGAGGUGCGGCCCCAGCAGGGGGAGCUCUGCCUCAUCUUCUCCUACCAGCUGUGGGGCGAGGGGAUGGGCCACCUUCGGGUGCUGCUGCGGGACACCAACCAGGAGGAGACACUGAUUUGGGCCCUGAAGGGGGACCAGGGGCCCGUAUGGAAGGAGGGGCGCACCGUCCUGCCCCACUCGCCCAAGGAGUACCAGGUCAUCAUGGAGGGUUUUUUUGACCACGGCAACAGAGGCCACAUCUGGCUGGACAACAUGGACAUGAGCUCCAGCACCAUGCUGGAAGACUGCACACAGCCUUUUGCAGCCUUUCCUCCCUUCAUGACAGGGGAAGCCCUUCCUGGCAGGAGUGACCCCACAGUAGACACGGUGUCAGUGCAGCCCAUUCCUACCUACUGGUAUUACAUAAUGGCCAGCGGGGGGGCCCUGCUGCUUCUGGGUUUGGCCACUCUGGUCAUGCUCCUCUGCUGCCACCGCUACCGUGUUGCGGCCAAGAAGAGCCAGCACUCUGUGGUCUACCAGAGCUCCCAGUACCCUGCCAGUGUCCCACCCAGGCCCGGGGUGGAGCCCACGCUCUCCAUUAGACUGGAGAAGGAGGACCACAUCUCCCACUGCAAAUCCUGUAGACUCUGUCCUCAGUGCCAUGAUCAGAGGCCUGUGGACAUUGAAGAUGAUCGUGCCGUCAACACGAAAAAGCAGAUAGAUGGAGGCCUCCCCUUCCUGCAGUGGAGCACGCCGGGGCCAUCGGGGGGGCCGCCUGUCACACGCGUGUCGGAGAAGGACAGCGCCUGGCUGUACACGCUGGACCCCAUCCUGGUGACCAUCAUCGUGAUGAGCUCGCUGGGCGUGCUGCUGGGUGCCGUCUGUGCAGGCCUCCUGCUCUACUGCUCCUGCUCCUACGGCAGCCUGGGCUCUCGCGGCUCCACCACGCUGGAGAACUACAACUUCGAGCUGUAUGACGGCAUCAAGCACAAGGUCAAGAUCAACCAGCAGCGCUGCUGCACCGAGGCGUGAGCGGCGUUCCCGCGGUGCCCGCCAAACGAGAACACGCUCCUCUCUUUCUCUCUCACUCUCUCUCUCUCCUGUCACCCUCCAUUUCCCUCGCUCACCUGUGGGAGGGCGUCUGUGCAGGGAGGGACAGCGCGGGCCUCACGUCACCUCCUGCUGCUGAAGUGCGGCUCGGCCUUCGGACCAGAACUACUGGGUGUGGCUGAGCUGCUCCCAGUGCCGCGAACAGGAAGCACGGAAACAUAUCACGUCUUUGCCUAUCCCAAAAAAUCAAGUAAAUAAAUAUAGAGUUCUAAAGACCUGCACUUUUCGCAGGACUGUCCUGACAGGCGGUCGCUGGGCUAGCCUCUGCCUGCCCUGCGUUUGCAGGCACUCGCAGUUUAAUAUUUUGUGGGCUGGUUCGUUUAGCUUUAGACCUGUGUCUCAGUAUCGCGUCAGCUUCUGUUUUUCCUCCCUCUUGCUGUCUGCACUAUUUUUCGAGCUCCGCCUCUUCAGUGUCGACCGCCAGUCUUAGGCCUCUUAAGUGCUCUGUUCGAAAGUUCAUAUAUUUGUUUUGAGAUGUUUGCCAGUCUUUGGAAAAAAAAAAUGAGAGAAAGUUGAAAAUAAUAUUUGAUCUAAAAUUAGAUUCAAGUGUUCGGUUAAGUGCAUUGGAUUUAGUAUGCAGAUCGUCUUCUAGUGCUUUACUUUAGAGAGGAGGAUUUGUGCACAGCCACACAUUAUGGGCUGGUUGAACUGAUGAGGAUGGUCUUGGAGCAGCCUAUGGAUUGCAGACGGUCCCGGCCGCAGAGACGUCAAGCUGCCUGCGGGGGCACCCUUGCCAUGAUUUGGGGAGAGAGAGCGUGCCCUCUGUCCUCUAUCAGCACCAGCUGUGAGCUGGACAGGGCUCAGACAACAAAGGUACACCUACAAUGGAAGCUGGAAAGCAAAACCACUUUUUUUGGACAACACUAUUGAGCCUUAAGCAUCUUUGGAGGAGAGCCAUGGAGAAACAGCCGUUCCUGAAUAACAACCACUGAGGCCUUGGAGGAUUCGGCCUUAUGUUUUUUUUCAUUUUAACAUCUUUUUUUUCCCAAACUGCGCUGAAGGUUAAGAAGAUGCUGGUUUUGUGUUUCAGUUAAUCUUGGUCCGAUCCCGCGUCAGUUUGUCUCUGGGUUCUUUCUCGAUGCCCAAAUGUGAAAAGAGAACCAUGCGUCUUUCCGCGGUGCGCCAAACGGACCCGGAAUGAGCGGAGCGAGGGGGGUGGGGAGCUGGGUGGGUGAGCAGGGGCUCCCAUGAUUGGCCCCCUGAUGGGGGUCCAGCCCCAACCUUGGACCCUCCCCCGGACCCUAUACCAAGUGCCUUGGAGCUCGCCUGAUGGACCUCUGCCGUUGAGUGGAGACAGUAUUACUUUCCUGUCUGGGACCGGGGGCAGUAACGCAGAUGCAGGAAUCCCGGCAGUGGUCAGAUGUUCAGCUGUUGUUUGUAGACUUUGUACAGAAAUGGUCUUUUUUAUUAAUAUUAUUUAAUAAAGGAUUGAUAUUGUUCUGAA